AUGGCUACAUUGGCAGACGGUGCGAGCUCCGAGGCGUUCACGGCGCACUCAGACACACACACGCUCACCGGAGACCAGGUGAACAAGAUCAAAGCCCUCAUAUGCCUCAUGAAGGAGCGCUAUGACCCACUGCCGCCACAGCUGGAGACGUACUUGCGGCUGAUACCGCCCACCUCCGGUGCAGCUUCGGGGAAGGCAGACGGCGACAAGAAGACCGGGCCGCGUCGCUCGGAUGACGACCCAAUGUCGUUUUACUGCACCAGCUUUCUCAUGUCUCGGGAGUGGGAUGUGCAGAAGGCGUUUGCCAUGAUGCAGGAGGUCGUGGCGUAUCGAGCGGUGAAUCACCUUGAUGAACAGAGCCACUUCCCACCUGCCUUUUCGGUGCGCGGGUGGUCAACCGAAGAUGUAUGCAGGGCGCUGGAGCGCAGUCCGCGUAAGGUUGGUGAGCGCAUCGACCGCGUCUGCGCUGGGGUGGCGCAGGGGCUCAUCUGUGGCAUUCACUACUGGGACAAGAAUGGUCGUCCGGUUUUCUAUAUGGUUAUUGACAGCUUUGAUGAGGCUGAGCUCAUGCGACAGCUAAAGCAGAUGGCGAGCGUUGGCAAGUCGCAUGUGGAUGUCAUGUGGGAGUACAUGGUGCACGUUCUCAGUGUGACCGAGUCUCUGGUGCUCUACCAGCUCAUCCAGCGCGGGGCGCCGCUAUCAGGGCGGCCACUGACGUCCAAGACCACAGACGAAGAGGCGCCCGCGUGGGACUUGUCCGAGGGUGCUGUGACGAUGGUAUACGAUAUGAAGAGGCUCACGCUGAAGAUGCUGUGGAAGCCGAUUAUUGAUAUGUUUUGUGACAAUUCCAAGACGUUUUUCAAUUACUACCCCGACCGAAUUCACCGCAUUGUCUGCGUCAACUCGCCCAGCCUCGUCCGCUACGCCUUUCUUCUUGUGCGUGGCGUCCUGCCGGCAGCCUUCCAGCGGAAGAUCAGCUUUGUGAGCCCGCACGACACUCUCGCCACGCUGGAGACAAUGAUAGACAGAAAGUAUAUCCCACACUUCCUCGGCGGCGACUGCCGCUGCGAGGCCCACGAUGGCGAGUGCCUGAGUGGCUACGACCCGCGACAGACGGGGAGGACGAGGAGGACGGUCGCACGUACUGACGCCUCCUCUGAAGGCAACGAUGAGGCUCCCACGGUGUAUGUGAAGCUGGCGGCGGGGCACGAAUGCACGCGAGUGUUUCCGGUGAAUGCGUCGGAAGUGGUCGUCUGGGAGUUCGCUGUGGAGGGUGGUGGUCAUGACAUCAUCUUCACCACCUUCUUUGUGCCCCAGUCGGCGGCUUCAGGAAUGCAGUGGACCCAGGUCGAACUGAGCAAGCUGAGCUCGUACAUGGUGACCUCCGAGGCGCUGGCCAAGGGGUCCGAUGCGUUUGCCGUGGCUGAGGACGGCGUAGUUGUGCUGAAGUGGCACAACCGACGGCACUGGUUUGCUUCAAAGCGCCUUCAGCUCCGCGCCUACAAGGAGGGGGCGCCCAGCACCCUUCACGGCCAAGCUUCGCAUCCCGAAUAG